AUGUCACAGGUGAGAGAAGGCCGAGGAGAGGCCAGCAGGCCCCAGCUGGGCCAGGAGGUGACGGUGAAGCUGCUGGGGGUCCUGGAGGACAGCAGCCUGGUGGAGAAGGACCCGAAGCUGACUUUCCACCUGGGGCAGGGCGACGUCAUCCAGGCCCUGGAGCUCGGGGUCCAGGCCAUGCAGCUGGGAGAGGUGUCCUUCCUGCUCAGCAGCUUCCUGUACGCCUACGGGCACCUGGGCAGGGACCCCGAUAUCCCCUCAGGUGCCUCAUUACUCUACGAGGUGACCCUGCUGCAGAUCCGGGACGGCCCCUGCCUGGGGCUCCUGCCGGCCCCCGUGCGCAUCAGCCUCAGCAAUCAGAAGAGGGAGCGGGGGAACUUCCACUUUGAGCGGGAGGAGUACCAGCGCGCCCUGCGGUCCUACCGGCUGGCCCUGGGCCUCCUGGACCCCCCUGGGGCAGCCCCCCCGCGGCCAGAGGAGGAAGAGGAGCUGCGAGAGCAGCAGGUGAAGUGUCUCAACAACUGUGCGGCGGGCCCCGAUGAGCGGCCGACGGACCCCAGCGGCCCACCGCCGCCUAACGCCCGGAGCUGA